AUGGCUUACUCCAACACUCUUUUCUUGGUGCUAACUGUCGCGUUUCUUAUCGGAUCCGCCGUGGGACAAUCUCCGUCGCCAUCUCCAUCAAAAUCUCCGGUAGCUUCUCCUCCACGUAAAGCAGCUGCUCCUACACCAACUCCGGCUGUUAAACCACCGUCAUCUGCACCGGUGACUUCCCCGGUGACUGCACCUACUCCGUCCACCGUUGAGUCACCACCGACGCCUUCUGCUGCUUCUCCAUCUCCGUUUGUUCCUCCUUCUACUAUCUCCAUUCCUCCUUCUGAAGCUCCCGGACCGGCACAGAACGGCGCCGUUUUGAACAGAUUCUCUGUGUCUGGAUUUGUUGUCGUUGGAUUAUUGAGUGCCGUUUUAGCCUUUUAA